AUUGACGUCUUUUUCUGCGCCCCUCUAUAUAUUUUGUUGCAUUUUUCCAAACGAAAGACACAACGGGGACCUAGCAGGACUACGAGCUAGGCACAGAAACAAAGGGCUACACAAUGGCUAUAUUCACAGCUGAAAGGAUAAUGUGGUCAUCGUUGUCCAAGCUCUUCGCACUGCUUGUAUGUGUGACGACCUCCGUACGCCCCCAGGCACUUAUUCCAUUAGCGGACCCAUACACAAGUUCCGGUUUAGAGUAUCCAAUGACGUACCACUCAGGUCCCAGAGUGGGCAACCUUUGUGCUUCUACGCUUUGUCUCAGAGGUAGACAAUGCCGUGUGGUACAAGCCUGCUCAACCUGCCCGCCCCAGGCGACCUGUUUGAACCCAAACCGGAUCCCGUUCGAAGCCGACGACAUCUGCCAAGCCCGCGGCUUCGUGCAGGCCGUUCUGCUGGACGGUAUCACCACGGGCUAUGAGGUGGAGCCACUCAGAUGUGGACGCAGAGUUCCCAGCCGCUACGGCAUGUCCUGCCCACGAGGCUCUAGCUGUGAGUUCCUGGCUCCCGGGAAAGGCCGUUGCUGCUUUGGGCGGGUUCUACGUCGAAGAGGAACAGUUCGGCGAGUGGUUGUUCGGAGGAAUAAUAAUAUUAAUAAUAUCGGCUCUCGUUCCAACGUCUGCCCGAGAAUCACUCCAGGCAUUAUGGGAGCGUGCGGGGGCGCCUUCUGUACGUCUGAUCUGAUGUGCCCGCGACAGCAGAAGUGUUGCCCGAGUGCCUGUGGGGGUAGGGUGUGUGCCUCGCCGAUGUACAGCGAUAGAUCUAUGCCUCGUCGUAGAUCUGGCUGUGGGUACUGCCCGGUGGGCACUUUUUGUGACUUGGUCCCAGUCGCGUGUAUUACGACACCGUGCGACCGUUAUAGCCAUGUCUGUGUGCCAUACAAUGCGUAGCUUUCACGAAAAUAAUAAAAAUGUAUUGCUUAAGUGA